AUGUGGCAGCAGAAGUGGAACGUGGAUCCUCGGACUGAAAGGAAGCCCGUUCGGGCCGAGGAUUCUACCAGCUUCGGGCACAAAGGCAGCGACGACCGGGGCCUCCUGGCAAAGCCGCGGGCACCUGCUCCCUUUUCAGAGGCCACAAUAAGGGAUGGGUUCCUCAUCAUUGUGCUGUUUCCAGACCUGGAACCGGGGGCCCAGAGAGGUCGAGUGAUCUCCCUGGUGCCAUACAGCUUGUUUCCUCAGAGGCUGCUCGGGCCACUGGCUCUGAGACCCAGGAGUUCUGUCCCGGCCACAGCCCUAGGCAACCUGGGGCACAGCGGCCGGAGGAGGCGGAGGGGGGGCGGCCAUGGGGUGGCGGUCGCCCUGAUCCUGCUGGCCCUGCUGGCGCCCUCGGGGGCGGUGGUGCGGGCCGUGCGGGACGGCAACGCCAGCAGCCUGGACUUCGCGGACCCGCCGGCCCUGUUCGGGGUGCCCCUGGCCCCCGAGGGCGUGCGGGGCUACCUGACGGAGGCCGAGCCGGCUGACGCGUGCCGCCCCAUCGAGGGCCCGCGGCCGGGCAACGGCUCGCUGGGCGCCAUCGUGCUGAUCCGCCCAUACGACUGCACGUUCGACCUCAAGGCGCUGCACGCGCAGCGGGCCGGCUUCGAGGCGGCCGUCGUGCGCGACGACGCGCGCUCCGACGAGCUGGAGCGCACGGCGCCCGGGUUCGAGGAGCCGCGACGCCAGAUCGCCAUCCCCUCGGUGUUCGUGGGCGAGGCCGCCUCGCGGGACCUGCGGCUCAUCGUGCGCUGCGACAGGUCGGCCCACGUCCUCCGGCUGCCCGACUACCCGCCGUGCCCCAACCCGGACCGCCACCCCGUGCCGGCCGCGUCCUGGGGGCUGGGCCGCGCCCUGGCCCUGCUCACGUCCGCCGUCUUCGUCCUGCGACGGCUGUGGGCCUGGCUGGGGGCCCGGGGGCCCCGGGGGCCGGCGGCCCAGACGCAGGCCCGCGGGAAGGCCCGGGUCCGCACCUUCACGCGGAGGAACGACCUGUGUGCCAUCUGCCUGGACGAGUACGAGGAGGGCGACCGGCUCAAGAUCCUGCCCUGCUCCCACACCUAUCACUGCAAGUGCAUCGACCCCUGGUUCGCCCAGGCCGCCCGCCGCUCCUGCCCCGUGUGCCAGCAGUCGCUGGCCGGCACGGAGGACGGCUCCGACUCCACCGUCGAGAGCUUGGGCGACGAGGACCCCUCGCUGCCCGGCCACCGGCCCCCGCUCUGGGCCGUCCAGGCCCGGCUGCGCUCGCGGAGGCUGCGGCUGCUGGCCCGAGCCAGCUCGCACGGCCGCGCCGAGGCCACUGUGUCCCCGGAGAGGCCCCCAGAGCCGCCGUGAGGCCCCGCGGCCCCUGGCCGACCCAGAUCGGGGCAGGGAGGGUGGAAAUGCGGAGUGCUUCUAGUCUAGAGAGAAUAAAGUGGGUCUGAAAGC